AUGGAUUCCAUCCGCCUUCUCACCAAGCUGGACACCCAAACCCUCCGUGACUGGCCCACCAUCCUCACCUUCCUCUCCAUCCUCCUCCUCCUUUACGCUCUCACCUCACUCACCAAACGGCGCCCUCACCUCCCCUCCAACACCCCUCCCCUCUUCAAAGCAUCGGACUGGCCCAUUCUCGGCUCCCUCCGGUUCUUCACGGACCGCUACCGUUUUUACAACGAAGGCAUCCUAUCUUCCAAAACCGGCAACUUCAGCUUUUUUUUUGGCAGGCAUCACCUCGUCGGGCUUUCCGGUGUGGAAGCCCGCCGCGCCUUCUUCGAGAACAAAGCGCUCAACAUGACGAAAGGGUACGCAGUCUUCCUGACCGUGACCCCGCCCACGCCCGAGGAUAGCAAACCGGUAAAAGAGAUGCACUACGAUUUGCAAGAUAAGUGGUUCGCCAAGUACCUGUUCAAUUUCAUGAAGAGCGAGUCUCUCGAGAAAUCCCUCCCGUUGGUGGUUACCGACGUCCGCGCAACUCUCGAACAGCUAGCCCUCGCCUCCUCUAAUUCCCCAGCCGGCACCAACGAGGCCAUGACAGACCCAUUCGACACAAUCAACCGCCUAAUCUUCCAACUAACCAUGCGCACGCUGGGUAUCUCCUCGUGGGCCUCUUCUUCUUCACCCAUGCUUUCCAAAUCGCUGAAGUGGUUCGAAAUAAUCGACAAAUCCACCUCUCCCAUCCGGAUUAUUUUUCCAUGGCUGCCGACGCCAAACCAUUUUCGAAGAAUGACCGCUUCCGCGCAGCUGUAUUUUGCUGUCAAGAAUGAGUUUGAACACCGCCGCGGACAAAGGGAGACUGUGGGAGGACAACAAAGAAAGGAAGAAGAAGAAGAAGGUGAUGAUGAUGAUGCAAUGCAAUAUCUUAUGGAUAACGGCGAGGACGCGAUGAAGGUGCUUAUUUUUAUCAUUGCGAGUUUGUAUGCGGCACAUCUGAAUACGAGCACUAUGGUUUGUUGGUUGGUUGUUUAUUUGGCUGCGGAAGAAAAUGGGGAGUGGGUUGGGAGGGUGAGGGAAGAGAUUGAUGGGGCGUUGAGGAGACAUAGACAGAACGGCGAGAAACAGAGUGUUGGGGAAGUAUUGGCUGGUCUGACGCUGGAUGAGUGGGAGGCUGAGUUCCCCGUGAUUCAGUUGUGUCUGAAGGAGACGACGAGACUACAAGUUGUGGGAACUUCGUUUAGGAGAAAUGUGAGUGGGAAGGAUGUGGUACUGGGGAGUAAGGGGGAGGUGGUGCCGCAUGGGGGUUUUGCUACCUACCUCCUAGACGACGUCCACGUCAACCCAUCCAUCUACCCUGACCCUCUCCGCUGGGAUCCAGGCCGCUACCUGCCCGAUCGUGCUGAGGAUAAGAAGGAGCCGCUGGCUUUCCUGGGCUGGGGAGCGGGAAGACACCCGUGCUUGGGCAUGAGGCUGGCAAAACUCGAAAUCACCAUCCUCGUCGCCAACUUCGUCGGGAUGUUUGACUUCUUACUGUGUGACGCAAAGGGAAGACACAUGUCUGAAGCCCCGGAGACGAACAGGAGCAACCAUACGUCUAGUGGACCGGAUACGCCGGUGAGGUUGAAGUAUAAGCUGAGGGAGCAGCAAUGA